UGACAGCAAGGGCCACAGUGUAACGCCAUUAAUGGACACUGACGUGCGAAGCGCGACACGUUUUACUUUCUGGGUUAUGGUCUCCUGCCCCUUUUCCACGUUACUUCCUGCUCGCACUGCAAAACAAUGUCACGUGACCCAAAGGGGGAAUCCCAACAGUCCCAGGGAACUUCUAGUUCUUCUUCCAGUGGACCUCAUUCAUACAGCCAGUCUUCAUCUGGUACCGCGAGCUCUUUGGACACGGUUCCUUUGACAGAUCUCGCUUCAAUACCAGAAGAUCAAGAAAUGGAAGACCAUAAUCCUCAGCCAUGGGGCCGUCUUUGGGCUCUGGGGAAAGGGUUUGUGAACCACGACUGUGUAUAUGAUGAAUAUAUAUUUGGCAGAGACAAACAAUGUGAUUAUACUUUUGAUAAACCCAUACUAAACCAGACGGACCGAUACAAAACCUACAGCAAAAAGCACUUUCGGAUUUUUAGGGAAAUCGGUCCAGGGCUUUCCUCUGUUGCAUACAUAGAGGAUUUGAGUGGCAAUGGAACGUACUUGAAUAAAGAGAUCAUUGGACGUGGGAAAAAGUUGCCUUUAACUAAUAAUGCAGAAAUUGCACUUUCUUUACCUUCAAAUAAAGUUUUUGUAUUUUCAGAUUUGUUGGUAGAUGACCAAUCAGCCUAUCCAAAGGAAUUUGGAACAAAGUUCAUCAUGUCAAAAACAAUCGGAAGUGGGGCUUGUGGAGAAGUAAAACUGGCCUUUGAAAAGUCUACAUGCAAGAAGGUCGCAGUAAAAAUCAUCAACAAAAGAAAAUUUAAGAUGAACAGUUCAGGUAACAGUGAACAACCCAUAUCUGUUGAUACAGAAAUUGAGAUUCUAAAGAAGCUGAAUCAUCCCUGUAUAAUCAAGAUUGAAAACUUUUUUGACUCUGAAGAUUUUUAUUACAUAGUUUUGGAGCUGAUGGAAGGAGGUGAAUUAUUUGAUAGAGUGGUGACAUCCACUAGGCUUAAAGAAUCGACGGCAAAACUGUAUUUUUAUCAGAUGCUGCUAGCUGUUCAGUACCUUCACGAAAAUGGAGUCAUUCAUCGGGACCUUAAACCGGAAAAUGUGCUGCUGUCGUCAACUAAUGAAGAAUGCUGCAUAAAGAUAACUGACUUUGGUCAGUCCAAAAUACUUGGCGAAACUUCUCUGAUGAGGACGUUAUGUGGUACUCCUACUUACUUGGCUCCGGAGGUGUUGAUCACAGCUGGUACAGGAGGGUACAGCAGUGCAGUGGAUUGUUGGAGUCUAGGGGUAAUUCUGUUUGUAUGCCUUAGUGGCUAUCCACCUUUCUCUGAACAGAAUGGUAAGAUGCCGCUGAAAGAGCAGAUUGCAGGGGGAAACUACACAUUUAUAGCUGCUGCUUGGGAAAAUGUGUCUGAACCAGCUUUAGAUCUUGUUAAGAAGUUGUUGGUGGUUGAUCCAGAAAAGAGACUUACCACCAAGCAAGCCCUGGAACACCCAUGGCUACAGGAUGACGACAUGAAACAAAUAGCUGGAAGGUUAAUGUAUGAUGCAGUCCACGCUAUGCCUCCACCCUCGCAGAAAACCAUAAGUCGGAAACGUGGCUACGAUGAACAAGAACCAAGCACUUCUAAACACUCAGAGACGUUACCAGCCACUACUGAAAAAAGAGCCAGAAAUUGAGCGCAAGCUGCAUUUCCUGUGAUCUGUAGAUAUAAUCGAAUGCCACUGUUUUGUACAUUUUAUACUUGUUGAUCAGGUGACUUAGGAUGUAGCUGGGCCUACUCUAAAUGCAUGUAACGUUCCUACAUCAUGUCGUCUAACGCUUCUUUAUCAGAGAAUAUUGGAAUCGUUGCCGAAUGGACUGGUUGCCAUGGUGCAAACAGAUAUGUUUAUGGAUGUAGCAGAUAUAUGUAGAAGAAUUGUGAGACUGCUGAGUGUGAUAGGAUUGUGCACUAAAUAAGUGAGGUUUUUUUGUCAGAAGUGCUGUUCUACUGAGCAUGUGGUCUCCACGUUCCUAUGCGUAAAUACAUACGAUAAGCUUUUUAAGGCUUGCAUAAGAAAGGCCUUAAAGAAGAGACCUGUCUUUUUAGAACAGAGCUCACAGUUCUAUCGCCUGUGUUGACCUUUUUCACAAUAUUGAUGUGUUAUGGAAUAUUCGCAUUAUUUCAAACCACCCCCGUGAUCCUUCGUUGAUGAAAAAGGUUUAAUACGUCUUUUUGUCUUGCAAACGUUAUAUAACAAUAUACUAUGUUUUAAAACAAAAUGUAUAUUUUAAACUUAGCAUAUUGUUAAUAUAUGAAUGUUUUGUAGGUGGAAAAUGU